GUUAAUCCCAUUCUCAUUUGGUUUUCCCCUUUUUGUCCAGGCAUCGUUUCCGUGCACCUCAAAAAGGACAGCCUCGGCAACCUGGCCCUGAUCGCCAGCCCCAGUCUGCAGCCGGAGAGCUGCGGCCGGCUGGAUAAGGCCAUCGGCGACUCCUCGGUGACGAUAUGGGGCAAGUGCAAGUGGGCUGCCAGCGCCGGCAGCGAGCACACGCUCGUCAAGUGGAGUCACACGCAGCUCACCAAGACCUUCAAAGAGAGCUGCCCGGGGAAGAUGCGAUUGAGGACAGACCUUCAGUACCACACAGAUUCACUUCUGGAAGAUGCAAACGGAAACCAGCCAGAAAGAAACAGCUACAACCCCUGGGGACUGCACUGUCACAGGCAGCACCUGAACCGCAUGUCCUCCAAGCAUAAUGAGAACAAACUUCAUCAGUUUCUAUUGCUUGAAAACGUGGUAUCAAAAUACAACUAUCCCUGCAUCCUGGACCUGAAGAUGGGAACGCGGCAGCACGGCGACGAUGCCUCGGAGGAGAAGAAAGCCCGGCACAUCAAGAAGUGUGAACAAAGCACCUCUGCGUCUCUGGGUGUUCGCGUCUGUGGGAUGCAGGUUUACCAAGCGGACACCGGCCACUUUCUCUGCAAAGACAAGUAUUAUGGCAGGAAACUCUCACCGGAGGGAUUCAGGCAAACCUUGUGCCAGUUCCUGUGCAACGGUAACCACCUCCGGACGGAUCUGCUGGAGCCCAUCAUCCUGCGGCUGAAGGCUCUGCUUUCUGUUAUUAGGAAGCAAAGCUCUUACAGGUUCUACUCCAGCUCACUCCUCAUCAUUUAUGACGGACAGGAGCACAAGGAGAACACGGCACCCUUGGACAACCACCUUCACUUCCCAAAAACAAACUGCACCACGUCACACGGCACGCAUCCCUCCAGAGUCGACGUCCGGAUGAUAGACUUUGCCCACACCACCUUUAAAGGCUCCAAAAGCAAUCCCACCACCUACGACGGGCCAGACCACGGCUAUAUUUUUGGCCUGGAGAAUCUCAUCAAAAUCCUUCAGAGUAUCUCAGAAGGCAAAUGA